CUGGUUCAUUGUUAUCUUAAUUAACAAAUGAUACUGACUACCGGCUGUAAUUGUUUUCAUGAGUUUUCCUCGUUUAUCGGGUAAUGUUCAUCUUUAUAACAUUAAAUAUCAACAUUCGAAUUUAUACAACAUCACGAGCUUAUGAUUGAAGUACCAUUUUGACAAGAGCUCUUGCAGUAAACCUUUUUUACGACAAGAUUGUUUCCGGUUCAUUCAAACGAUGGCAGCCACUAGGGGUGAAGUGCUCAAAAUCUACAAAAAUAUGUUGAGGGAGAGUGGCAGAUUUUCGUUUUACAAUUAUAGGUAAAACAAAUUUUAAUUUUCUACAAUAUGUCGUAUUUUAUGAACAACUGUAUUUAUAGAAUGUAUGCGCUUCGACGAGUGAAAGAUGCAUUUAGGCAGCACAAAUCCAUACACGAGCCAUCAGAAAUUCAACUACACCUUAAGGAGGCUAACAAAUUUUUAAACAUCAUUAAACGACAAGUAAUAUUUUUUAUAACCCAAUUAGCCCUGGCUGUUUUCAAACAAAUAUUUUAUUAAAAUUACCUAUAAUAUUUCCCUGUUUAAACAUUGUAGAUUUUAAUUUUUUUAGCGAAAAACAAUUAAAUAUUUUAAAUUUUUAUUAAAUAAAUAAAAAUAAUUAACAUAUAUUUAUGUUUUUAAUGAGUCAUUGUGAUGUAUGUUCAUCCACAGUGCAAUAGGUUCACUUUUGUGCACUGUAAAUACAUUAAUAGUAUAGGUAUAUAUUACUCUAGUAUAUAAUAUAUACUAAUGCACUAAAAUAAACAACAUUUUUCUAUUUAGUGAUUUUAUUUAUUAGUUUUUAUUUUAUUUGCCAAGAUUAUUUAAUGGUUAGUUUUGUUGUUAAAAAUAAGUUCAUAGGACAUGUGGAACUAAUUUUGGUAUUAAAAUAUAACAAUACAUUUUAAAGCACCAAGUCCAUUAUUUUGUAAAAAUAACAUUUAAUAUUACUUUUUAAUUGAUAUAUUUUUUUUUCAUAAACAUAUAGGUUCAUUUUUUUAUUUUUUUACCAUUUAAUUCAUUUGACAUAUAAAUGUUUUUUAAUGACAAUAGGAUAAUGUUACCUAUAUCAGAUCUAAUAUUUGGUUAGUAACUUAUUAUACAUAAUAUUUAUUUAUAACUUCUAUUAAGUUGUAGUUUUGUUAAUUACCUAGGACAUUGAAAAUAAAAAAUAUAUAUAUACAGUGUAGUAGAUUUAAACAAUGCUGUUAUUUAUUAUUUAAGUUAUUAUGAGUCUAAUUUAAAUUCACUAAAAUAAUAAUCUUAAAGAUACUACUAAGACAAUUAUAGUCAUUUACAGAUGAAAGUAAUGAGGAGUACCAAUGUAGUUUCAUAAAAGGAAAUCGCCAAUAGAGCAGCUGUUGGUGAUUGGACAGAUUAUAGAAAAAAAAUUUUGAAUACAAACAAAAUAUGUGGCUGGUAUUUGUAGACUUAAAAAAGGCUUAUGACAGCAUCCAUCAGGAAAGCCUUUAUAAUAUAAUGUAUGAAUUCUGAAUUCCAAGUAAGCUCAUUUUCUUGAUAAAAGUGUGUAUGAAUGGCACAAAAUACCAAGUAAAAGUCGACAACUUACUAUCUGAAGAAUUCCAAGUGAUAACAGGCUUAAAGCAAGGUGACACUCUUUCAUCACUUCUGAUUAAUAUUGCACUGGAGAAAGUUGUAAAGAAUAUGCAAAGGGAUAACUGUGGUAUCGACGUCGGCACAAUGAAGAUUGGUAUUUUAGGUUUUGCUGAUGAUUUUAAUAUAGUUGGUAAUAAUGGAAAGAGUGUGGUACAGAGCACUACAACUCUCAUUAACAAAGCAAAAAACCAUAGGGCAGAAUAUAAAUGGUAAUAAAACCAAAGUGAUUGAGCUAUUACCUGACAACAACCAGGUUGACAAUAUAGUGAUUCAAAGGCAUAAAUUUGAAAAAGUACACCAAUUUACAUAUCUGGGGCCUCUAUCAGUGAUAUUAAUAACUGGUCCAUUAAAUUAAAUAGCCAAAUCAUUAAAGCAGAAAAAGCAUCGUUUUCGUUAACUAAAUAUUUAAAAUCUAAACUGUUUUCUAGUAGAACCAAAGUACAUCUGUACGGUGAUAAUUAUACCAACAUUAACAUAUGGAUGUGAGGUAUGGCCUUUAACUAGCAGAAUGAAACAAAAACUUAUGGCGUUCGAAAAUAAAAUACUGAGAACCAUCUGUGGCUCAAUAUGUGACAACAAACUAGGAUGCUUGGACAGAAGAAGGAAUAAAGAGAUCCAAGAUUUUAUAGUGGUUUCAAGGAUAACCAAUUUUGUGAAAGUGCAAAAAAAUAAAAUAGUUUGAACAUGUGAUGAGAAGGCCCAACUCCUUAAAGCGGCGGUUGAGUGGAAACUCACAGGGAAGAGACCAUGAGGACGUCCAAAAAAGCAAUAGAUAGAUGUAAUAAAGCAGGACUUAGAGAAACUAGAGAUGCUGUACUGUGAAGAAAAGUACAAAAUAGAGAAGAGUGAAAGGAAUCGUUGGUGGUGGCAAAAACUCUUGAAGAGGUGAUGCCAAUGAAGAAGAAGAAAAUAAUAAUUUCAUUGAUAAUAGUAUUUCUUAAUUUAUGUUUUUAAGAGUACCUUAGUUAAAUUAGUAUCUACUUACGUGAUUAAUAGUAACAUAUAUAUUUAAUAUCAUUCAUUAUAAAAUUAUAAAAACACAUUAGAAAAAUAAUUCCUGUAUUAUGUUGAAUUGUUUGUUAUUAUUUACAUGUGUGUACAAUUUUUGUACACAAUAAUAUGUUAUGCGUUUAUUUAGAAUCAAUCGCCUAAACACAUUCUUAAAAUAGUUUUAUUUCUUCAACAUAAAAUCUAGUUGUGAGUCAAAUGAUCUGUUAAAUCUUUUUCGUGUUUACUCUCAGAAAAAAAUAAUAUUUAGAGUAAAUUAGUAAGAUAUUAUAUUUACAAUAACAAUAAUGUUAUGAGAUUAAAAUAAUUUUCAUAAUUUAUCUGUCACUAUUUUUCAAUAAUUAAGCUGUUAAAAUUGGUUUUGGUUUUCUAAUGUGAUUAUUUUUUUGCAGGUGAUUGUUGGAGACUUGUACAAAUUUGAAAAGUUAGUGAUUGAAAUGAAGAGUGAUGACAAAUAGUCAUAGCCUAUAAUUUCUUCUGUAUUCAGGGAUAAGCUGGUCAGUGUUUUUGAAUUUUUUGCUUGGGAAAUUUUCCACCUACUGCAUCCAAGAAUGUUAUUUAAUUAUUACUGUUCCUAAUGUUUAAAUACAUAUUGAAAUGUUUAAAAACUAGUUGCAGCAAUUAAUGAAUUUUUAUGGAAUCAUGAAUUGUAGUACAUUUUAUUUUUGUACGUUAUCAAAACAAUAAAAGAAAAAUAGAUAAUAAUAGGUAUAAAUAUUUAUUUUUAUUAUUUUAUUAUUGUUUUCUCUAAUUAUUAAAAAUAUUGUUGAAGUUGUUUAAAUAUAUUAUACGGU